AAUUUUGUCGUCUGUGGUGAAUGGCGUCUGAGCUGAGCGGCAACUUGCUUUGCAUCCAUGACAAUUCACGAAAAGAAAUGUAAAAAUGGAUAGUUCUACAACAGAAAAACACCAUAUUUAUCAGAUAUUUCGAGCAUGUCGUCUGUGCGGCGCUGGUGCUGGCUACAAAAUGCCAAUAAUACAGAAUGUGGAGUUAGAUAGUGGUGAUGUUGAACUUAAGCAUAAAAUACGCGAAUGCGUUCAAAUAGAGGUGCACCAAGAAGACAAGAUGCCACCUCUCAUAUGUGAGUUGUGUGUGGACAAGGUGAACGACUUCUACGAGUUCCUUGAGAUGUGCCGGCAGACUAACAAAAGCACGCGACUGCGCCUGGGCCUGCCGCCACAGACUCUGCCACGAGGAGCGCCAGACGCUGGAGACUGUAUCCUGGGCGUGACGGAGCCGGUGUUCUUGGAGAACGAGGACUCCAACGAACCGAUCUCCAAGAGCAAGAGCAAAUCUGUCAAAAACAUUAAAAUCAAGAAGGAAUAUGAUAGCCGGGACAAUAGGAAUAAGAAAGAUAUGAAGAAGGAAGGGGACAGCUACAAGCCCGGGCCGCGCUCGCUGCGCCGGCGGUCGUCCCCUCCGCCGGACAGCCCCCCGCCCGACCCGCGCAACACCCGCGGCAGCAAGAGGCAGCUCGACGAUGACGUCAGCAGCAUCUCUGACAAGAAAUCAAGGAGAUCAGAUGAGACGUUAACAACUCCUAAAUCAAUAUUGAAGAGAGAGAAAGAAUCCAAGUCUGAGGAGAUCAAGACAACAAGAUCAAGGGAAAAAGAGAAUGAGAAGAUAUUCAAUGCAAAAAAAGUCAAAAUAAUGGUGCGGAAGAUGACGCCUCCAUCGAGUCCGAAGCCGACGGUCAGCUCCAAGUUACCCCCAAGCCAAACCAAGCCCCGGUGCCAGAUCUGUCGGGUCGAGUUCGACAGAAAGAGCUCCCUGGUCAACCAUAUGCGAACUCAUGUGAACAAAUCAGCUUCUCCGCCGCCCAAAAAAGAAAACAAGAAAAUUGAGUGCAAAGUGUGCGAAAGACAGUUUUUGCACAAAAACCUGCUGGACAUUCACAGAUGCAAUGGCAAGGUGAAGUCAAGCAAGCCCGCACCGGAAUCGAAGUCCGAACCGAAACCGUCGAAGCCAUCACUAAAACCACCGACCGUCAAGCGUGUUGUUCCUACAAAGAAAAAGGUUUACAUAGAGCCGGUGAUAGACCCGGAGAUCAAGAAGCAGCUGCAGCCGCUUCAAGUGAGAAUAUCCAAGUGCGACCCGCUGCUAGAGAACAAGAUCGGCGACUAUUACGACGCUUCGGAUGUAGACUAUGACUACGGGCUUGACAAAACAUGCGUAUAUCCAUAUAUAUACACAUUCAGACAUCUACGCAUUAAAUCCGAGCCAAGCUACAUGGUGAACAUAAGUGACGAAAUCAAAAACGCCUUUGACCUAGAUGACGAGACUGACGUCACUGACAGUGACCUAGAUCUAGACACUAGUGCAGUGAAAACACUGAAAAGUCUAGCACUGAAAGCAGUGCCUGUUGAUAAACUAGACCAAGUACCGAAGAAAAGUAAAAAAGUGAAAGCGGCCAAAGCAUUCGACUCCAUAUUGAAUUCUAAUUAUGAUUCUGAUUUGAAUUUGGGUAUCAGUAAUAUAAUAAAUAGGUUAGAUGACGAUAAAGAUAAAAGUUCAGAGACAAAGAAUAGUGAUGUUACACAUAAAAUCGAUAAAACUGACAGCGAUUCUUUGUUUGGUGACGAUAACUCACCGGCUAUAACUAAUAGUGAUUUCGAUACGCUGUUCGAUGGUGACGUCACUAAAUCUGACGACGUCACAGAUAAAAGCACAGACAAAGAUACAAAAGAAGAUUCUGAAACGUCAGAAAGUAAUAGUAAAUUUGAUGAUAAUAAAAAUGAUGCAAUAACAGACAACGAUUCCAAUGAAACAAAAGAUACAAUAGAAUCUAAUACAGAAGAUUGUAGCAAAAAUAGCAUUGAUAAUGAAAAUGAUUCUAAAAAUGAUAAUGAAGAAUCAGAAAGUAAUACAGAUAGUAAAGACAAAGAUGAUGCAAUUGUCAAAGAUGUUGCCACAGACAACAAAGAGGCGAAUAACGAUGAAACACACGUCAACGGACAGACAGAAUUGCCUAAAGAGUUCAAUAUGGACGAUUUAGAAGACGUUAGUGACACAGACAUGGAAGAUGGUAAAUUGAUGGAAGCAAUAGACAAUCAGAUAAGUGAGAGCGGGACGGCGAAUGUUAAAACUGAUGUGUGCGAGCGGGACAAGGUUACAGACGAUGCGACAGUGAAAUCUACUGAUUUAGAGAGUGUAUCUGAUGGUGAUUUUGAAUAAGAUCUUAAAUCUAUUCCGAGAAGUCGGUUUAGCUUUGCAUGUAGUUGUGAGAUGACAUUAUAAACACGUUUGUGUGUGUGUACAAUUCGGCAUAAGAAAUAUAUACCCUUAUGUAUUGUUUAUUUGUGAAUAAUAAUUGUGAAAUUUGGGAAUCCCUACCCCUACCCUACCAUCUAUACUAAUAUUAUAAAGCCGAAGAGUUUGUUUGUUUUAUUGAACGCGCUAAUCUCAGAAAGUACUGGUCCGAUUUGAAAAAUUCUUUCAGUGUUAGAUAGCCCAUUUAUCGAGGAAGGCUAUAGGCUAUAUAUUAUCCGCGUAUUCCUUUGGGAACGGGAACCACGCGGGUAAAACCGCGCGGCGUCAGCUAGUAUAUAAUAAUAAAGCCCUUUUAUUUUCUCCUUAUAACACUUACAUUAUUUUUUUUUGUAACAAUAAUUCCUUAAAUCUAGUGUUAGUAUAUAUAAUACAUUAGGUAUGUUAAUUUUUUUUUUUUAUAACACUUUUGAAAUUACAAGCAUCCCUCAUAGGGUAUAGACCUCCCUCAGUUCCUUCCACUUGUUUCUGUCUUUUGCCAUUACAGUCUAUUUUCUUCCAUAUGUAUAGGGUUUUUUUUUUUUUUUAUUCUAUACAAGUUAGCCCUUGACUACAAUCUCACCUGAUGGUAAGUGAUGAUGCAGUCUAAGAUGAAAGCGGGCUAACUUGUUAGGAGGAGGAUGAAAAUCCACACCCCUUUCGGUUUCUACACGGCAUCGUACCGGAACGCUAAAUCGCUUGGCGGUACGUCUUUGCCGGUAGGGUGGUAACUAGCCACGGCCGAAGCCUCCCACCAGCCAGACCUGGACAAAUUAAGAAAAUCUCAAUCUGCCCAGCCGGGGAUCGAACCCAGGACCUCCGUUUUUGUAAAUCCACCGCGCAUACCACUGCGCCACGGAGGCCGUCAAGGUCUACCCUACCAUAAUAAUAAUAAUAAUAAUAAAAGCCUUUUAUUCAAACAGUAUUACAGUUAAAAUUAUUAUCUAUCUUAAGUAUUCUAUUACUGACAUUUUUAACAUAAAUAUUAUAUUUAAUUCCUUACAUUACACACUUAAUUAUUUGUUUUGCAUCAAUAUCCCUCUAUCUGUCUGUAUGCCACUGUCGGCAAAGGCAAUCCUCCAACUUUCUCCAUUUUUCUCUAUCCUGUGCAGUCCAUUUUUCUCUACCCCUACCCAAACAUAUUGCUACCCUAAGUUCUCCUGGAUCUAAGUUACUUCACCAAUUUUCAGCCAAAUCGGUCCAGCCGUUCUUGAGUUAUAAAUAGUUUAACAACACGACUUUCUUAUAAAUGUACUAGCUGACGCCGCGCGGUUUCACCCGCGUGGUUCCCGUUCCCGUAAGAAUACAGGGAUAAUAUAUAGCCUAUAGCCUUCCUCGAUAAAUGGGCUAUCUAACACUGAAAGAAUUUUGCAAAUCGGACCAGUAGUUCCUGAGAUUAGCGCGUUCAAUCAAACGAACAAACAAACAAACUCUUCAGCUUUAUUAUAUUAGUAUAGAUAUAGCAUCGAUCUCAUAUUAGAAAGUGGAUGCACAAUCAGCGACCAAAAAACGUCCUCACCCAAUGAGUGCCAAGAACAACUUCUUGGCACUCAAUUCAAAUAGCCGCAUUUGCAAAUUCAACCUUAAAACAGGAGGUUUAGGGAAGGUUUCAUAGAUGAUAAAAAUUAGAUAGAUAGAUAGAUAGAUAGAUAUACUUUAUUUGCACACCACAAAGACAAAAACAAGUGAAAUAAAAACAAUUUAGGAAGAGAUCAGCAUACAAAAGGCUGCCUUAUCGCUAAGUAGCGAUUUCUUCCAGACAACCUUCAAAAAUUAACAUAAUUGACGCGAAAACCUUCAAAACAACCCUUUUCUAUUUCCCAUACAUACGUCAAGGGGUAGGGUAGGGAAAGGUAGGGGUAGAGUAAUGUAGGGUAGGGAAGAAGUGCACAUAAGGGUAUAUAUUUCUAAUGCAUCAUCUUAGACCAUAAAGAAAAAUAUUUUGAUGGGGUUUUCAAAGAUUAUGAAAAAGAAUUUUAUUUUGAUUUUCGUUGUUUUUUUUUUGUUAAUAAUAACUUCACUAUUACAUAAAUCAUUGUUAUUCGCUUAUUUUUAGGGAAAAAAAGGAAAACAAAUUCUCUUUAUUACAAAAAAAUAUUAUAUAUUUUUUUUAUCAAAUACUAGUAAGCUCUUGACUGCAAUAUCACUUGAUGUUAAGUGACAGUGCAGUCUAAGCGGGCUUAUUUGGUAGAGGUGCAAGAUACAAGGCAUCGUACCGGAACGCUAAAUAGCGUGGCGGUACGUAUAUGCCCGUGAGGUAAUACCAAACCAGACCUGAGUAAAUUUAGAAAAUGUAAAAUCUUUAAUUUAACUGAACCAGAAAUGGAACCCUGGACCUCUUGCAACUUUACCAACUGCGCCAAAAAACUCAGAUGAGUUUAAUAUCCAUUUUAAACAUUCUGUGUGAAUACUUUUUCCAAUGUACGAAUAUAUACAUAUUAUUAUGAGCUAAUAUAUAUAAUUUGUUUUUUCUAAUUAUUUUCUCUCAAAUAAGUAAAGUGUGUCAUUUUUAUAUUUUUUUUAUGACGAAAUAAUGGAUAACUUAUAUUUUAUAAUCUAAAUAGAGAUGAACAUAUAUUAUAUAUAAUAAUUCCGCUUCCAAAGUAAGAAAAUGUUAUUAUAAGUUAAUAAAAAUAUUUUGAACUGAUCACUUCAGGGCCAGGUCUUAUUAUUAAGGAUAUGGAGCAUGAACCCACCAUGCUAGUCCAAUGCGUUGAUAAUAUUUGAAUACUUAUGUGGGUCCACACUAACCGUAAACGCCGUGAAUUAAGGCGUUAAACCUUAGUGUAGCUACGAUUUAACAUGUUAAUUUUCACGUUGAAUGGCGAAACUGCAAUAUUGCAUUAAAAAUUAAUGCCUUAUUUAACGCAUUCAAGGGCAUUAACGUUUUCAAUUAAGUGUGGCCCCAGCAUUAAUGUUCAAUAUCAAAUAUAAUAGCAUGCUCUCUGAGUCAUAAGAUCACUAACUUACUCCGGGUUGAGAAUUUGUACUCCAAAAAGCUCAAAGGUUUCGAACCCAGGACCUUCUGAUUCAAAGCCACAACCACUGGACCCAGGUGGCAGUUUUAAUACGGCAAAAUAAUGAAUAGAGACUUUAUUUUAUUUAGAAGAUACAGUGUUAUGUAAUGGCACAGAUACAGUGUGAUGUAUCUUCAGUUUCAGUGUGAUGUCAUAGUAUGGAUACAGUGCGAUGUCAUAGCAUGGAUACAGAGCUAUGUCAUGGCACAGAUACAGUGCUAUGUCAUGGCACAGAUACAGUGUGAUGUAUCUUCAGAUAUAGGACGAUGUAUCUUCAGAUACAGUACGAUGUAUCUUCUAAUACAAUGUCGAUGUCAUAGCACAGAUACAUUGAGAUGUCAUGGUACAGAUACAGUGCGAUGUUAUGGCACAGAUACAGUACGAUAUAUCUUCAGAUACAGUGCUACGUCAUAGCACAUAUACAGUGAGACGUCAUAGCUUAGAUACAGUGUUAUGAAACUUCAGAUACAAUGCGAUAUCAUAGCACAGAUACAGUGUGAUGUACCUUAAGAUACAGUGCGAUGUCAUGGCACGGUAGUGUAAUGUCAUAGAUAAUAGAUAGUUUUAAUUUUGUUGUCUUGUGGUGCACAAUAUUUUUUUUUCUAGUUUUACCUUACAUAAGUUAGUUUUAUAAGAGAUAAAUAAGUAUAAUAAUAAAUAAUUAUAAUAAACAAAUAGGUAUAUCCCUACAUUAUUAUUAGAGUAAUAAGUUUAUUGUAAAUAUGAAUCUUAAUAUUAUAGUUGAUUAUUUUGCAA